AAUUGGAGUAUUAUAGUAACAAGGAUCUCAGAAUAUAUAAUUUUUCAUAUAAUUAAUACAAGUAUACAUAUUGCUCACUAGGUUUUUAAGAUGCCAAUAGUAAAUAUAUUAAAACGAGCAUCUAGUUACAUAUACGGAUCAGAGGACGAAAAUGACUCGGAGAUGAAAUAUUCAGAUAACGAAAUAUUAUUUUGUAAGAACAAUGUAUGUGUGCAUCCUCCAACGAUGGCCAGACAAGAAUAUGAUGUUGUGCAUCAUCCUGGAUAUCUUACUGUCACAACAAAAACUUUUAUCGAUCAAUAUAACAAUGCCAAAAGACCAACUUUAUUUUUAAAUUGGAUUCCUAACACAACUUUGAGAAAAUGCCCGUCAACGGUUGAAAAUAACGUAACAGAUGAACUAAAACAACAUUUUCAUGAACCACAAGAAAUUAAACAAAACGGUAAAAAUAUAGAACUUCAUAACAAUGAAUCGACUAUUAUUAAUCAAUCACCAGUAAUAAACAAUCAUUUAGUAACUCAGACUUGUCGUAACACUAAUCCUUUUCUCGAACCUUAUCCUGUUGAUGAAAUAAAUCUUGAAGUGGCUAGAGCAAUUGAUUUAUCAGAAAGCUUAAGUAUGAGUUCUGUGUCAGAUAAAUUAAGUUCUUUAUCGGCUGAGCUGUCUCCUCAGAGACCAGCAGAAGAGGAACCUCAAUUCUGCGAUGAACAAGAACCACUUUUAAGACCUGGUGACACGGAACCGGCCGUCACAUUUCCGGAGAGCAUUCCGGAGGAUGAUCAUUCUGUGACCUCGGUCAGUAUAACAAUAGCAGAUCCUUUAAUAGAGAAUAUAGCAGCUGUAAAAGAAGAUACUUUUAUGAGAUCAGUAUCCGUUAGUUCUUGUGAAGACAGCAUUAGUCCGAACUGGAUGUCCACCCCAGAAUUAUUUGCUCUAAAACACAAUUUGUCUUUCCCGGAAAGCGUGAGUGCAUCUCCAGUUAUGACAAGGAAAAUGCCUCUAAAAUGCAGAAGAUUUUCAGUGGAUUUAUCCCAGAUGCGUUCUCUUCGACUAUUUUUCAGCGAUGAGCAAUGCACAUGUGGCCAAUUAGUGGUUGCAUCUCGCGAAUCUCAGUAUAAAAUCCUGCAUUUUCACCACGCCGGUUUAGACCACCUGGCCCAAGUUUUACACCGCUGGCACUCUAUCAUGCACAACAGGCUGUUUAGAACGGAUGAACGCGAUUUACCAUAUCGGCAUUUUAUGGUAUGUAGACCAGAGGUCAGUACAUCGGAACUUCAUCCUGAAGAAGGUUCAAUACCCAAAAUUACCGAAGAUUACUUUUAUGGAACUCUACUCAACGAAAAAGGUCAAAUAGAAGAUGACUUAAUAUUGCGCAAAGGAGUAUUCUUUGGGGGCCUCGAGAAAAGUUUAAGAAAAGUCGUAUGGCCAUUUUUGCUACAUUGUUAUUCCUACAGUUCGACUUACGAAGAUAGAGAAUUCCUAACGCAAAUAAGGAAACAGGAAUAUGACGAGUUAACCAGGAGACGACUGCACGGUAUGGGCGAAGAAGAGACCGAACGUUUUAAGAGAACCGUACAAUGUGUGGUAGAACGAGAUGUCGUAAGAACUGAUCGAGGAAAUCCUUUUUAUGCAGGAGAAGGAAACCAAAAUGUGGAAAUUUUGAAGGAAAUACUUCUGAACUAUGCCGUAUAUAAUCCAGGCCUAGGGUACACGCAAGGUAUGAGCGAUCUGCUUGCACCAGUAUUGUGCGAAUUGCGUUGUCCAGCAUUGGCCUUCUGGAGUUUUGCUGGUCUCAUGCAAAGAGCUAUAUUUGUAGCCACGCCUACUGAUAAUGACAUAGAUAGGAACUUGAAUUACUUACGAGAACUUAUCAGACUGAUGGUACCUCAUUUUUACGCACAUUUAGAAAAACACGCCGACGCCAUGGAGCUUCUAUUUUGCCAUCGUUGGAUACUCUUAUGUUUCAAAAGAGAAUUCACCGAAGCAGUAGCUCUGCGAAUGUGGGAAGCAUGUUGGGCUAAUUAUCUCACAGAUUAUUUUCAACUAUUUUUAUGUUUAGCAAUUAUUGCCGUUUACGCUGAUGACAUCAUAGCCCAAGAUCUCAGGACCGAUGAAAUGUUGCUUCAUUUCAGUUCAUUGGCCAUGUACAUGGACGGUAGUCUGAUCUUGCGCAAAGCACGAGGUUUGUUAUAUGAGUUCCGUCUAAGAGCCCGCAUUCCCUGCACGUUAGCAGGCCUGUGCAGGCGCUGCGGCUCAGGCAUGUGGGAUUCUGCCCACCACCCUGCCGUAGAAUGCAUAGGACACGAUGGUGACGUCUGUCCUGCUGAAUAG